AUGUCGACCCGUCAAGCGGCACUCUCGCUGUAUCGCCGGUCGCUGAAGCUGGCCCUCGAUUGGGCUGUCCACCGCCAUCUUUGGAGAGGCCAGGCGUUAUACAUCCGGUCACUGUUCGAGGCGAACCGCAAUGUGACGGAUUCCCGACAAAAGAGGGAGCUUUUGGCCCAGACGGAGAAGCUACUGGCAAAGUGGAAGCACCCCGAACCCUACGUGCACCCGACUGCACCCGGUGGAUCCAAGUACGAGCGCAACCUACGUGCACCUAUUCUCGACCCGCCACCCCCAUUGAAGUUCUGA